AUUAUGGAUAGCUUCGGUAUUUUACAAAUAAAAAUGUGUGAUCAGUUUUUUUAGGGCAGUUUCUUGUAAACCAUAGAAUCGAUUUAGUAAAAAUAACCAAUCAGAGAGCAGCCCUGUUGUAAAUAACGGUUUUUAUUUUGUUUGGCUGGGCGAGUUUUUGUAGGACAAGUAAACCAAUGGCAGAGCACUAGAAGUUAAAUACACCCGAUUUUCACCAAUCACAACUGAAAAGGCGUCCCGGCGUUAGCCAAUGGCUCGCUGUCUGGUUCUCGCAAAAGCCAAUGAGAAUGCCAAUUGGCCCAAUUUGAAAUUGUUUCAGGAAGUUUCCGUCUGAAAGCUUGACAACAAACUGCACUGGAAAACAUUUGUGGAGUUAAACAGGAGCACGACGAGGUUUACAAAGAAAGUGUUUUACAGUGAAGAUAAAAAACGUCGUUGCUGUAGCGAUUAAAGCAAAGCAAAACAAAAAAAAAAGCAAACGUAAACCAGGAAGCAAAAGGUACAUUAUGAGUGUAGAUUUAGGGUCACCUAUUGUUGAUUGAACAGUUUCUUUACAAAAUGCAAAUCAAUUCGUAAUCUGUGUGAUAUAUCGGUGCGGUACUGUGAUUGUUGCUUUUUAGAUCGGUGACUACAACGACUAAUAUCGUGUGUAUAUUAUUACAAUGUCAACCUCGAACUUUAAAAACAAGUGCGUUUCACUCAUUUACUGCACGUUCUGUGAAAACGUCCUGUGCACUCGAGGAAUGAAAGCUGUCCUUUUGGCCGACACUGAAGUUGAGCUCUAUUCGACCGACAUACCGCCAAACAGCUCGGUUGACUUUGUUGCAAACUGCUAUUCCACAGAAAGCUGCAAAUGUAGACUAAAAGACAUCGCAUGCUUGAAAUGUGGUAACAUUGUCGGGUACCAUGUGGUGGCCCCUUGUAAUCCCUGCCUGCUAUCCUGUAAUAAUGGCCAUUUCUGGAUGUUUCACAGUGAAGCUGUAUCCGCUGCUAGUAGGCUGGACUCAUCAGGAUCCAAACUUCUGCUUUGGGGAGACCUGCCUGACACAGAGGAGAGUGACGACGAAGGGAUAGACAGUCUGUCUGAAGAGGAAUAUAUCAGAUAGAAAGAUGAUAAUUCAGUUUGGAGGCCUCUGAUAUUAGCACAUCUAUCGAUUACACUGUGAGACACAUAUGAAUAGUUGGGGGGUAGGGGGGGUGUGUUCAAAAUUGGGCUUUAUUUAAAUAUUUCUUGUCAGGUUGCCAUUUUUAAGCUGUUACUGUGCUCUUGAUAAAAUGACCUGCUCUGGUAGCUAACGAAACAUUGAUAUUGCUUUGUGCUUCACCGUCAUUAUUUCCAAAUCAAUCAAAUGUCCGAGCAUCCAUCCAUAAAAGAAAAUGAUAAGGUGCAGUCAGGGCCUUCCCGAAAUAAGUAACAUCUUCAAUCGUAAAACGGCAGGAGAGUCCUGCUGAUAUGAAACUCUUUAUUAGUCUGCCCUAGCCGGCAUUACAGUACAAUAUUGAGCUUACUCUGAUCUGUUCUUGAUAGGCAGUAUUCCUGUUUCAAGAGAGGGAUUAUACAAUAUUUCUGUAGAGACAUGGUGGAUAUCUGCAAGGCAAUCGACUUGAAACGUUCUUGCAUUUUUUAAAUACGUUACACAGUCACUGGAUUUAAUAUAAUGUACAGGAAGGACAGAUAUUUUUAUUAUUGGGAUUCUACCCGUCAUCUCUUUACCUUGUGGUUCAGAUUAACAUUCAGCUGCUGUCCAGAACACUCUCAGCAGCCUGAAGGUAGAUAUCUAAAGUGGUUACUUUAUCCCUGAAAGGGAAUGGAAGCCAAACAGACAAAUGGAUACUGUGUUAGAAUUGCACUGGAAGUUCAAGGUCCCACAAUUAAAAAGGAGACGAGUUUUAGAACCUUCAAGGGCUUUGUCUGGCAGUUCUUGUGGCUCUUUCUUACUAUGUUGAAGAGUAAUUUAACUUUGCUUUAAGACAAGACGUGUAAUAUAAAUUACUUAUUGCACAAUCAAAUGACUUAUAUUUUUGUUAGAUUUAUUUUUUAUACUUUUUUUUCAACAAUAUUUAUAAUUAUGGUUGUUUUAAAAAAUAAAUAAAUAGUAUGAUCAGA